UAGAUCUUGAUCUAGUUUAUGAUGAACAACCGAAAAACAGGCCAUCGAAGACAAUAGAAAACAAACUUCAAUAUAAAAAUAUAAUAAAGUAGAAUAAACAUAGCUUUCUUAAGGUGGACAACUGAAAAAUAAAAUCUAAGAAAUUUAGAGGGAUGAGGUUCCUCUUCCUCAGCAGGUCUGUAUUUUGAACUUUGUAUACAUAAGAAAUUAGAUUUUAAGAUGAUCAAAUGUCCUGGGCUGUAUUGUGGUCGAAUGCCAUUGGGGAACGGCACUUGGGGAGAGUGCGGAGCGUGCGAGAGGGGCUUCAGGGCAAACGAUUCUUCCUUGUGUGUGCCUUGCGGUGAGAAACCUGUAUUCUAUGACUGGCUUUAUCUCGGCUUCAUGACUUUCUCACCUUUAGUGCUGCAUUGGUUUUCUAUCGACAACACAACACCGUUCAGGGGAAAACUAAGCCAAGGUGCUCUGGUGCUUCAUUUAUCAGCACUUUUAGAAACUGUUUUAGCAGCUCUUAUAACACUGCUUUUGGUAGAACCAUUCGGAGAACUUGACUUGAAGUCAUGUCCUGUGAAAUCGUUGUCCGAUUGGUAUACCCUGUUUCAUAAUCCUCGUCCAAAUUAUACUGAACUGCUGCAUUGCACUCAAGAAGCGGUGUAUCCAUUGCAUACUAUGGUCUUUGUAUUCUAUGGGACUUCUGUUCUGACUAUGAUUCUCCUGCGACCUUGGCUUGUGAAGUUUUUCAGGCUUAAGACGGGUGGAGUCACGAUUUAUGCAGCCCUGUAUUUCUUUCCCAUUUUGGCCGUAUUCCAUGCUGUUUUCGGCGGCAUUAUUUAUUACACCUUUCCAUACAUAGUAAUUGUACUUUCUGUGAUAUCAAAUGCAGCUCAUUUUGCUUUUAAAAUGGACCAGUCCAUGACGUUUCUGGUCAUCAGCACAGUUACGGAUGUACGGAACCUGAUAAUCGUGUUAGGCCACUGGGUAGUACAUGGUUAUGGUAUCAUAUCUUUAACUCAACUGGGCGAACCUGUACUUCACGGGGCUUUCCUAUGCCUAGUACCUUUGCCUGCCCUCUUCUACAUUGUAACUGCCAGAUUUACUGAUCCACACAAAUUGCAUACAGACUAAACCCUCUUUGUUGUUGAAUAAAGAUUAUGUUAAUCUUUUAAAUGGCAUUAUGGAGAAAGGAUAAUUGAAAUACUUCUAUCCUGCGAUUGGAAAUUUUUCUAAGACGUUUCUCAAAAUGUGUGAUCAUUUUUUGAACAGAUGGU